UUAUUUUUUAUUAUCUAUUUUCAAUUUUUAAAACACUACUAAUUCAUUUCUAUCAUCUACGAUGAAGAAACACUUUCAACCCUCGUUCAUCAUUCUGAUUAUCUUCACCGUUUUUGUGCUAGGAGUGGUGGGAAAUAUGAGUGUUGACCAAAAAAGAUGUUGGGCGACUCUAAAAGAAAACAAUUGUGUUCACGAUGAGUGCCGGUCCAUGUGUUUGAAGAAAAAUCCAAAAGGACAUGGUAGAUGCAUUAAAUCAUCUCAGGGACGAAUUAUUUGUCUGUGUGGUUAUGAUUGCCCUUAAUAAUUAUUUAUUUACAAUAAAUCUCAUAUCAUAUUUACGAUUAGAAGUCUUAUGACAAAAUAAAGUAAUAUUUUAUGUGGGUUUCUGGUGUAACCAUUAUUAUUGUUAUCGAGUUAAAAAUAUAUAUUCAAAUAUUGUAAUGCA